ACCGCCGCUGCCCCUGCCCGACACAAGGGAAGACAAACUCAUGGUCGAGUUCCUCACCAAAGAAGCUGAGAGACUGCCGCUCGUGAGAUCGCUCUCCGAGGACCCGGAAUGGCGCCACCACGACGCGUACAGCAGCGUGCCUCCGUCAUCACGCGAACACAGACUGACGACGGGCCCUCUCGCCGGGGCGCGGGCCCUCGGCGGCUUCCAGCGGAUCUUCUACAACGAUGGGACCGGGGAGUUUAUCUCGGUGGUUUGGUUGGGGGGCGCGAUUACGGGCUGGCCGGGUGUUGUGCAUGGAGGCGUGACGGCGACGCUUAUGGAUGAAUCCCUCGGCCGGUGCGCGAUCAAACAAUUCCCGGGUAAAUCAGGCGUGACUGCCAAUCUGGAGCUCAACUAUCGAAAGCCGAUCAUCACGAACUCAUUCUAUGUGAUCAGAGCGAUGCCGCUGCAAGAGGACGCGUCGGAUUCGAAACAGUGGGCGAGUGGCAGGUUGGAGACGCUGGACGGGAGGGUGUGUGUGGAAGCGAAAGGACUGUUUGUCGUCCCCAAGGAUCUCAAUCUGAAGUUGAGUUCGUCGAUUUGAAGUGCUGGAGGGCGCUGGAGUUGGGCGAACGUGGCGGAUCAAGGAUAUGUAUAGUUAGGUGUUUUUUAUGAAAAAAAGGGCGACGAAGAUGGGUAUCAAGUGAUGCUAUUUGAUAGAUGGGAAUAUCCUAGAUCCAAUGAUGACAAGUAUGAAUGAAGCCAGUG